AUGCACCAACCCACUCCCCAGCUCCACCACCCAACAACCCACUCCAAAACCACACCAAAACCACGCCCCCUAGCCCCAACCCACGACCCCCUGCCCACGUGCACCAAACUCGCCAACCUCCUCAUGCAACGCUCCAUCUCCUUCGUGCACUCCCUCAACGCCCGCGACAUCCCAACCCCCUGGAAACUGCACGCAACCCCGGACUACAUCCACCACUACACGACCCCCUCGGGCGACACCGUCGACAUGACGGCCGCGGAAACGAUGCAGUUCUUCGCGGACAAGUUCUCGGAAUUCCCGGGUUAUAGGUUCGAGAUUGUGGAUACGACGGUGCAGUUGGAGGAGGCGGAGCGCCCGGCUUAUGGUACGGUGUGGCAGACUUGUCGGGUGGUGGAUGGGGGCGAGUGGGGGGAGAAGGAGAGGGUGGCGAUUUAUAGUUGGAGGCGGGAGACGGAUCGGUUGGGCGUGGAGAGCUGGCGGUGGUGGAGGCAGGAGUGUCCUAGUACGGCGGCUGUGUUGCCGUUUUGA